UCCUUGAUCGCCUGCCUACUUCUGCACUGCUGUUGCGCGCUGAGACCAUCGUACUUGUCGCAGUCGCUAGAUCGCCUUGAGUUGAACACGAGGAAACAAGUCACCUUCCCAUACGAGAAGCUAGGUAAACCUCCUUGUCUCGUGCUCAUAGUCACUAUAUAAAGCAUUGUACAUGCAUCUGAAUAUAUAAGCUCGUCCUAUCCAGGUAUUCGCUGCUUCUGAUUAGCCAUACUACUUUUUUGAUUGGAUAUCUUAGUUGUUUUGGAGCCGAACUUCCAAACCUUUGCCAGCAAGCCAUCUUGCCCCGUAUCAUCUCUAUUUCAAAUAUGGUUCGUCCCAUGUUUAUCGCGGCCCUGGCCGCUACAACGGCUGCCCUCUCAAUUGGGCGUCGUGAAGCUCCUGCAGAGGAGCUGUUCACGCUUGAAUUCGCACCUGGCGAGACGCAAGUUGUUACCGAAGAAGAGAAGUGGGCUCUCAAGAAUGAGGGAAAAUCCUUCAUCGAUAUCACCAAUCACCCUAGGUUUUCUGCUUCUUCUGCCCAAAAGUUCGCCAAGGUCGCAGCCGUAGCGUACCCGUCCUCAAUGACACAGACACAGCCCGUCAACACACUCAUCGCGCAGCUCAACAAGGCCAACCUAGAGAACAAAUUGACGACUUUCUCCGGGUUCUAUAACCGCUACUACCAGUCAUCCUACGGCAAGGAGUCCUCUGAGUGGCUCUUGGCCCAGGUUAAGAGCGUCAUUGACGAUAGCAUAGCGGUGAAUGCGUCAGCCGCAGCUUUCACGCAUUCAUGGACGCAGAGCAGCAUCAUAGCCACGAUUCCCGGGAAAUCUACCAACAAGAUUGUAGUUGGUGCGCAUCUUGAUUCUGUUAACGGUCGUAACCGACAGGGACGCGCCCCUGGUGCUGACGACGAUGGAUCCGGCUCUGUGACUAUUCUAGAGGCUAUGCGAGUUCUCCUGAGCGACCCGAAGAUUGCAGCCGGCGAGGGUGCCAACACGCUAGAGUUCCACUGGUACUCCGGUGAAGAAGCGGGUUUACUCGGCAGCCAAGAUAUCUUUGAGAAGUACGCUGCCGACGGGGAGGUAGUCAAGGCCAUGCUACAGCAGGACAUGACUGGCUAUGGAGAUCAGCCGAUGGGCGUUAUCACCGACCGCGUAGAUGCCCCCCUCACAGACUUCGUUAAGAAGGUCAUAGACGAGUACGCCACCAUCGGCUACGUAGAAACGCAAUGCGGCUACGGGUGCUCCGACCACUCCUCCGCCACUGCCGCCGGCUACCCCUCGUCCUUCGUCAUCGAGGCCGACAUGGACCUCACGAGCCCCUACAUCCACACCGACGGCGACACCCUCGACCGCGUCAGCUUCGAUCACAUGAUCGAGCACGCCAAGCUCGUCGUCGGCUACGCUUACGAGCUUACCUUUGCGUCGUUGUAGAUGUAUUAUAUACACCUAUGUACCUAGGUAGCGUGGGGUGGAGAUGGAGGCAGAUUUAUAUUUUAGUUGGUAGGGUUAAUAAAUAAUAGAUACUGUAUAUGCCUUUAGAUAUAUGGAUAUAUGUAAAUAUGUGAACCUAGGCACUGCCUCUAUCUAUAUCAUCGUGCGCUCCGAAAAGAAAUAGGGGGAGUCCCAUGUACCUACCUACCUACUUAGUAGCGAUCACUCAAUCAGCCAGCCAACCAAAUCACCCAAA